GCCUAUCAGGGGCGGGGCGGGGCGAGGCCCGGCUGCUUCAGGGCCCCAGAGCCGGUUUGACGGAAGGAGAGGCGCGGCAACGGCGGCGGCGGAGAAGGAGGAGGAGGAUGGAGGCGGUGGUGUUCGUUUUCUCUCUCCUCGACUGUUGCGCGCUCAUCUUCCUCUCGGUGUACUUCAUAAUUACCUUGUCUGAUUUGGAAUGCGAUUACAUUAAUGCUAGAUCAUGUUGCUCAAAAUUAAACAAGUGGGUCCUUCCAGAAUUGGUCGGUCACACCAUUGUCACUGUGUUAAUGCUCAUUUCAUUGCACUGGUUUAUCUUCCUUCUCAACUUGCCUGUUGCCACUUGGAAUAUAUAUCGGUUUAUUAUGGUGCCAAGUGGUAACAUGGGAGUGUUUGAUCCCACGGAAAUACACAAUCGAGGGCAGCUGAAAUCACACAUGAAAGAAGCCAUGAUCAAGCUUGGGUUCCACCUGCUCUGUUUCUUCAUGUAUCUUUAUAGUAUGAUUUUAGCUUUGAUAAAUGACUGAAGCUGGAGGAGCCGUGGUUGAAGUCAGCCUACACUACAGUGCACAGUUGAGGAGCCAGAGACUACUUAAAUCAUCCUUAGAACCGUGACCAUAGCAGUAUAUUUUUUCCUCUUUGAACAAAAAGUAUUUUUGCUGUAUUUUUACCAUAUAAAAUAUUUAAAAAACAUGAA